CCCUUCUCGUCAACUAUCCCAUCUCUCUCCCCCUCCAAACACCUCACUAUAACCUCCAAUGUAACCCAAAAACUCUCCAUAAAUAACGUUGGGAUCUCUGACGUUCCCAUUUUUGAUGAUGGGUUUGUCAUAGUCUACACAAUUGACAAUUUCUUCGACUUGAACUUCACACUUAACCUCACAAAUUCGACCAACACUAAACCAACAUCCGAUUUCCAAUGCCUUAAGUUAGAAACAAUCUCCCGGUUUGAAGACGUAUCCAGGCUGUUGAAGUCCAGAGGCUACUCGAUUGUCGGCACGUUUCUUGAGUUGCAGCUUAUGGGAUUUCUUGAUCACGGAGGGUUCUCAGAGGAUGUCAUGAAGUGGACUGUUUUUGCUCCAGUAGACGAAGAGUUAGUGCAGUUCUCUGGGGAUUUUCUUAGUUACUUUUCAUUAUUCAUGAGGCAUGUUGUGCCGUGUAAAGUGGGGUGGAGUGAUAUUGAAGAAAUGGUGAAUGGGACUGUUGUUUCCAAUAAUGUCAAGGGGUUUAGUCUGGAGAUUACAAGGGAUGAAAAUGAUGAGAUAUUGAUGGUGAAUGGAGUUGACAUAAUGUUUCCGGACAUGUAUGAGAGUGAAUGGUUAGUCAUUCAUGGGAUAAGAGGGGUGAUUGCCCUGCCAGAGAAUACAGAGGAUCAGGACACUGAAUCAAUAGAGGAGUUCCCUGUGGAGAAAGUUGAGGCUCCGGAUCCUGAAUCAAUGGAGGAUUUCCCUGCAGAGAAAGUUGAGGCUCCAGAACGUGAGGAAUUUUAAGGUUGGCUCCUCGGAUUGAUAGUUUCCAUGGAGGUUAAGAAAUUAGUAACGGAAACGAUGGUGUUUGUCUAUUUCUUGAAUUUUCUUUAUGCAUUUUUUGAAGAAUUUUGUUUCUGGAAAGAAAUUGGAGUUUUACUGUUCGUAAACUUGGAAAUGCCAUUGUAUUGUCAAUUCUUCUAGAGUCCCUGACGUCGAGUUUGCUUUCUUUCCAAGUGCUUUAUUGUUUGUUUUGGUAGGAAUACAAUGUUGUGAUGGUGAAUGUCAGGGAAAGUGUAGAAUGCUAUUUGAAAGUAAGUUGC